AUGUUGCUUCCGUGGAAAGAAAGUGUAUCACCUUUACUCCUGCUCGCGCAGGUAUGCAAUGCCUAUUCCAAGGUUUCCAGCCUGAAACCAAGAGAAGGAACCGCUGAAAGUGAUCCCGUUAUAUGGGAUUCUAAUUCUAUGAUCAUUGGCGGAGAGCGUCUCAUGGUGUAUUCAGGUGAAUUCCACCCAUUUCGCCUUCCCGUCCCCGGUCUUUGGCUGGAUAUCUUCCAGAAAGUGAAAGCGAUGGGAUUCACAGCAGUAUCCUUCUACAUCAACUGGGCCUUAUUGGAGGGAGAGCCAGGGACCUUGAAAAUGGAUGGUGUGUUUGACUUGGAGCCAUUUUUUGACGCCGCUGUUAAAACCGGGCUAUACCUCAUUGCGCGACCGGGGCCGUACAUCAAUGGAGAGGUCUCUGGAGGAGGAUUUCCUGGUUGGAUGCAACGUACCGAGGGAACCCUCAGAACUAACGCAUCAGAUUAUCUGGAUUCGACAAGAAAUUACCUCCGAGACAUGGCUGAUAUGAUCAGAAAACACCAGAUCACCGAGGGCGGUCCUGUGAUUAUGGUUCAGGUCGAGAACGAGUACACUAUUUGUAAAGACUACACGAGUUCUUGCUUAAACAAAGAAUACAUGCAGUUCAUCGAAGACCAGUACCACAAUGCUGGAGUCAACAUUCCUUUCAGCAACAAUGAUGUGGCUUCCAUUGGCGAUUUUGCUCCAGGAACGGGGGCUGGGGCAGUGGAUGUCUAUGGCGUUGAUUUCUAUCCCUUCGGCUAUGGGCCUCUAUGCACAAAUCCGUCCAACUGGAACCGCACUCAGACCAGUCUGACCGGUCUGCCCUCUUGGACUAUGAAUCACACGACGCACGAUUCAUGCCUAUUGCGACUAUGGACCGCAAUUUUACCACCACUGCACGGACUGAUAAUCAAUAGGGGAGGCGUCGGAGCUGAUAUGUGUGCGGCUCUACUCAACGAAGCAUUCGAGCGAGUCUUCUACAAAAAUGUCUACUCUAUUGGAACCAGAAUCCUGAACCUGUAUAUGAUCUUCGGGGGCACCAAUUGGGGAAACUUGGGACAUCCUCUAGGAUACAGCUCCUAUGACCUUGGGUCCGCAAUUAGCGAGGACCGUCAAAUCACUCGAGAAAAGUACAGCGAGGCUAAGCUUGAAGCCAACUUUCUUCGAGUUUCGCCGGCCUACUUGACCAGUGAACCACUAAAUGGGUCUUAUGGAAUAUUCACUGAUGCCAGGGACCUUGCUGUGACUCCUUUGGUCGAUGAAGGUUCUGGCACUUCAUUCUAUAUUGUUCGUCACGGUAAUUAUAUGUCCGAUACACCGACUUCCUACCACUGGAGUGCCAUAACAGACAUGGGCAACGUGUCAGUUCCGCAGAUUCAAAACUCUCUGACUUUAUCUGGACGCGAUUCCAAGAUCCAUGUGGCGGACUACAUCGUUGGUGACAUACACCUCUUCUAUUCGUCAGCAGAGAUCUUUUAUUGGACUGAUUCGAGUGACCGAUCUUUAUUGAUACUAUAUGGUGGAGAAGGCGAAACCCAUGAGUUUGCUGUCCCGGCAAGUCUCCCCAAGCCGACCAUUACCGAAGGAAAUCACGACGGGAUCAUUAUUCGAGAACAAAACGAGUCCAUUAUCGUGAACUGGAAGGUCACUUCCACGCGUAGCACGAUCAACUUUGGGAACAGACUAGAAGUUCUGUUGCUGUGGCGGAAUGAAGCAUAUAAUUACUGGGUACUUAACUCGACACUUUCGACUUCCGUGACGCCGUACCGCAAAGGGUCGCCGCUUAUUGUAAGUGGAGGAUACCUCAUGCGCAACGUAUCUAUUGAUGACGGAACUAUCAACCUCUGCGGUGACGUGAAUCAAACUACAAAGAUCGAGGUCUUGGCAGGGGCUCCAGCAGGUGUUAAGCGAAUUUCUUUCAACGGGGAGACAUUGAAAACAAAGCGUGGAACGAACAACCGUCUAUCGGCCAUGGUGAAUUAUGAAAAGCCUAAUAUUCAAUCCCUCGAUCUUCGCACAAUGAAGUGGAAGUACAUCGACACCCUCCCCGAAAUUGGAAGAUCCUAUGCCGACGACCUAUGGACGAGGUGCAUACUCAAUACAUCAAAAAAUCCUCGUUCGAUAACAACACCGACGUCGCUAUAUGCCAGUGACUACGGAUACCAUGCUGGUUCAUUAAUCUACCGCGGGAAUUUUACUGCCAAUGGAGGUGAGGAACUCUUUUCAAUCACCACUCAAGGUGGAAAUGCCUACGGACAUUCGGUGUACCUUGGAUCCACAUUCCUGGGUUCUUGGCGUGGCUCAUCGGGCGCAGCGAGUCAUGAUCAGACAUUCUCGAUUCCCCGACUCAAGGCUGGAUCACACUACAUCUUCACAGUUGUGAUUGACCAUAUGGGACUUGACAUGAACUUCUUCGUUGACUCGGACGAAAUGAAAACCCCACGUGGCAUCCUGAAUUAUAACCUGACUGGUCACUUGGAGCCGUCUGAUAUCUCAUGGAAGAUGACCGGCAACCUUGGGGGCGAAAAAUAUAAGGACCCGAGCCGUGGACCUUUAAACGAGGGAGCAUUAUACGCUGAACGACAAGGCUAUCACUUACCAGGCGCUCCCACCACAGGGUGGGAAACUCGGUCUCCAAUCGAUCAAGGACUUGAUCAAGCCGGCCUCGGGUUCUUUGUGACUACCUUUGAUCUAGAUAUUCCAGUGGGCUGGGAUAUACCCAUGGCUUUGACCUUCACUAACAACACACAUCUGCGCCUAGAUAUCUCUGAACUGGAGGCCUAUCGGGUUCAGGUAUUUGUGAAUGGCUGGCAAUUCGGUGAAUAUGUGAACAAUAUCGGUCCGCAAGUAGCAUUUCCCAUUCCGGAAGGCAUAUUGAACCACAACGGGACGAAUUAUCUUGCAUUGAGUUUGUGGGCUCAAGAUAAAUCCGGGGCUAAGAUCGAGGGUCUGACCCUUGAACCUACGGCGUAUAUCAAGUCAGGAUACGCUAAGCCACAGCUCUCGCCCGGUGUAUCGUGGACACGCAGACCAGGUGCUUACUGA